AUGGCCACGAAUUAUACCCCGCCUCCCCUCCCACCUCCGUUUUCGCACACAACCCCGCCUCCGGUCCUCCUCGCCCAAGGCGCUGAAGCCCGGCUUUACAAAACAACAUUCCUUACGCCAGACACCCCAGCAGCGCUCAAAAUCCGACCUACAAAAGCAUAUCGCCACGAAAUACUAGACCGACGAUUGACCCGUCAGCGCGUGUUGCACGAGGCAAGAUGCUUGACGAAACUCGUCCGCGAGGGAGUCAGCGUGCCAGCUGUUCUGGCGCUCGAUUGGGACCCGCCUGUCCCCGAGGGUCAGCAGCGCUCAGUAGGCGCGUGGCUACUGAUGGAGUGGAUUGAAGGCUUGUCUGUCAAGGCUAUAUUAGAGAAAUGGGAGACUUGGAUGAAGAAAUCGAUCAGGGAGCACAACAACGACAACAAAUUCAAUAGGACAGAAGAGGAGGAUAGAGUGAAAGACCUUAUGAGACGAAUUGGUCGCGCGGUUGGAAUAAUGCACAAGGCUGGCGUCAUUCACGGAGAUCUCACAACGAGUAACCUGAUUCUGCGACCAUUCCACCCUGCGCCCUCCGAUAUCCCCGACGGAACAGGGUCGCCGUCGAUGGAAGGAGAUAUUGUGCUUAUUGAUUUCGGCCUCGCCAUCAAUAGUGUUCAAGACGAAGAUCGCGGAGUUGAUCUAUAUGUGUUGGAGCGGGCCAUUGGGAGCACGCACCCAAUGGCGGAGACCCUGUUCUCCCAUGUUUUGGAUGGGUACUCGGACAGUUUCAAAGGCGCGAGAGCCGCGCUUAAGAGAUUAGAAGAUGUGAGGAUGCGCGGCCGAAAGCGAAGUAUGGUGGGAUAG